AUGACCAGCCUCAGAGCCGGACGGAGGGUCCUGGCCCUGGUUCUCCUGGUUGUCCUCCAGCUUCAGGCCUGUAGGGGACAGGGUGCUGCUGAGCUCAGGAAGCCCAUCUACCAGAGACUCAGACGACUUGACGAUCAGUUCCGUCGAUUCCAGGAACAGACCCUGAGCCGGUUAGACCUUCUGUCCCAUAUGUCUAAUGGGUCGACCUCCCUAGAGGUCAGAGUUCAGACCCUGUCUGACCAACACAGAAACCUCACCCAGGAACUCACACAACUCAGAGACACCACCACACAGGAGCUGGACGGCCUGAAAGACCGGAGCAGUAAACUACAGAAGAAGAACAAGAGGAUGGAGGGAAGAUUGGCCUCGCUGGAGAGAGGACUGAGAGAGAGACACAGACAAGGACAGGGCAGCAGGCAGACCCAGAGACUAAGUCAGGAGCAGGGAGAGUCUCAUUCCAGCCUCACCCUGGAGCUCCACAGCCAGGAGGAGCGUCUCGACUCCCUGGAGGCCCAGCGAGAGGAGCUUCUGGUCGGGCUGAGAGGUCUCCAGGAGUCCCUGAGGGAGCAGGAUCUCCGGAUGAGCCGGCUGGAAGGGAGGCUGGGGGAACUUUUACAGGGGAAUGUAGUCUCUUCCAGGGGAUCAGAGAGGACAGGAGACCCCCUCACCUCCAACCUCACCCCCCAGGACACAGCACCCCCACGGAGGACCCAGGCCUCCAGAGGACAGAGCCCAAGACAGGACACCCAGACCCAGCCCGGACACACCCAGACAUAUUACCAGCCCCAGACCCAGCCCGGACACACCCAGACAUAUUACCAGCCCCAGCCUCAGCCCUACUCUCAGCCCCAUCUCCAUCUCCAACCCCAGCCCAAACCCCAUCCCCAUCCCCAACCCAAACCCCAACCCCAUUCCCAGCCAAAACACACCAAAGACAGGAGGAUGAGGACAAGACUACAGCCUCCACCUACCCACCCCACACAGCCUCCUUCUCAGUCCCAGGAAGAGAGGAAGAGACUGGGGGAGAGAGGACAGGAAAGCCCCCGGCCUGUCUGUAAUGUGGAUUCCAUGCUCCUGUUCCCGUCAGCUUCCUCUGAGAACUACGUCACCUUCUCCCGGAGCUUCCCUGCUCUUCCAGAACUCUCUGUGUGCCUGUGGCUCCGUGUCGACGUCGGGUACGUAGGAACGCUCCUCUCUUACGCCACAGAAGACAACGACAACAAACUAGUCCUAUACGGACGCAACUCCUCCUCCUCCUCCACCCCCAGCCGAGAAACCCUGGACUUCGUGGUGGGAGACCCUGCGUACCGUGAGCUCCCUGUGGUCUCUGUGCUGGACGGGCGCUGGCACCACCUCUGUGUCCUCUGGUCCUCUAUCCAGGGACGAUUCUGGCACUACACCGACCGGCGCCUGACCUCCGCAGGGUCACGGUUCAGGAAGGGUUACGAGGUGCCGGGAGGGGGGUUAGUGGUGCUGGGAGCAGAGCAGGACAGCCAGGGGGGAGGGUUUGAUCCCACCGAGGGGUUCGUGGGGCGUCUGGCGGGGUUCACCGUGUGGGACCGGGUGUUGAGUCUUGGGGAGGUGACGGGAGUGGCUAUGGGGAGGGGGAUACCCCGGGGGGUGGUGCUCGAGUUGGGGGACGUUGACAGAGUUCAUGGGGAGGUGCAGCAGGUAGCCUGCGAGUGCCUGGAACACUGUAGCUGA